CUCGUUACCCCUCAGUACCAUGGCUUCUCUUACUGCCGAAGAAAUAGAGCUUCUCGCCUCAAAGGCCAAUGCCGCCAAAGAAGCAGCUUACUGCCCUUAUUCAAAAUUUCGUGUUGGCGCGGCUCUCCUCACCCAGUCAGGGGAAUUUUUCACAGGGGCCAAUGUUGAAAAUGCCUCAUAUCCCGUUGGCACAUGUGCUGAGCGGGUGGCGUUUGGGACUGCUGUCGUAGCCGGCCAUCGCCGAUUCAAGGCGAUCGCUGUGGCCACUGAUAUUAAACCUCCUGCCUCACCAUGCGGCAUGUGUAGACAGUUUAUGAGUGAAUUUACAACGCGGUCGUUUCCAGUGUACAUGUAUGACAAGGAGAUGAAUUGCAGUAUCAUCUCGAUGGGGGAGCUACUUCCCAAUUCUUUCGGACCAGAGGACUUUGAGCAUUAGUGAAAGCAGACGCUCAGGUCUGCUGUUGUGCAUAUAUG